AUGGCACAGCUGUCGACCGAUCGGAAGGGCUCAUCGACCCAGGACCAGUCGGACCAAUCAAAGAAGGACAGCAACCCCGGCUCUGCAGAUUACUCGAUCCCAGCCUCUAAUCGCCAUCCCGAUCCGAUCUUGUCUCGCUUACUGUUGAACGAUCAGUUCGGAAAACCGAUCAAGGAUCCCAAAUUGUUCUUCAGAGAUUGUAAGGUAGUGGGCUUCUUCUUUUCGGCUAUAUGGAAGUACGACCGAGAGUCAUUCCAGCAACAUGUCAUCGAACUGUGUCACCGAAACCCGCACCGAUUCAAGUGCAUCUACAUCAGUAUCGAUUCGAGUCAGCAAGAUUUCGAGAAGUCGACGCGAGAGAAACCAUGGGUGAAUAUGAUUUGGGAGGACGGCAGCAAUAUGGAGGAAGACAAGCCAGCGAAACUAGAGAACCUAGAUUUUAUCACGCCGAUCGAGCAAGAGCUAGUCAAGAAGAUCCUGGCAGGAGAGGUCGACCGAGCAGAAGACAGUCGGCCGUUGUCGCGGGUGGGCUUAUGUUCGGGCCUGGAGGUGCUCUUUGCGCCGACGUUGAUGGUCUACCAUCUCGAGUCGAGGACCUGGCUGGACUCCAACGUCUCGCAUGGGGCGAUUGCCUCGAAGGAGAAACGCGAGCUGGCUUUAGAAACGUGGGAGAAAGGGGAACGGUUGACGCUGACUUUGAUGGACAUCCUAGUUGGCUUGAGAUGGGCUAUCCUGAUCGCCACCGUCGGGAUCAUUUACUUCUUCCUUGUCCGGGCCGACGACGCCUACAACAUCGUCCAUCUCGUCGAGUGGUUCAUGGCCGGCGCCGCCGAAAGCUCGCAUUCCUCCCCUUCCACUCCGGCUGAUUCAUCCUCUCCCCCGAUCUCUAAUCAUCUUCAUCCUCCUAAAAAUAGCCACCAAUACGUCGAAUUCUAA